AUGUCGUCAUCUGUAAAGGCGAAAUGUGGCUGCUGUGGCCAUCCUUUUGCCCCUCCAUUCAGGCAAGAGGUCGCAUCAAACCCCUGCACUCAUGUGGCGUGCUUGCAAUGCUUUCUCGCCCGUGGAACGCUCUAUGGCGGAGGCAUAAACCGUGAUGUUUUCCUACGCUGCCCGGUCCCUAAAUGCCUCAAAAUCGUCGGCUUCAAUAAUCGCGACUUGGUCUUCAUUUCACGAGUCCCAUUCAACCCGCUCGACCUGCCACCUGCAAGUAAUCAAUUCGACUCCUCCGAUGAUGACGAAGACAACGAUCUAAAUGAAGGUGACGGCAGCGAUUCUAAAAGAGACGGCAAUAAGACCACUGGUGCUCCUGUCGGCGAAACCGCAGAUUCUAUGGAUUAUGAUCUCAUCGACUCCUACUAUGAUGGCAAAAACAACGAUCUUGAUGGAGGUGACGGCGGCGAUCCUGAAGGAAAUGACGCCAAACCAGCAGAUUCUAUGGAUCGCGGAAAGAUCUCUGGUACCGCUGUCAUUUGGAUUUCUGAUGAGGAGCCCGAAGAAACCAAUCGUCAUUAA